AACAAUCACACAACAUAAAUAAAAAACCCAUUUUUUUCUAAAUAAUAAUCAUAUUAAAUGGCGAAGGACGUGGAAGGAGAAGGAUUCACGGCGAGGGACUACGAAGAUCCACCGCCUACUCCGUUCUUCGACGCGGAGGAGCUGACCAAGUGGUCUUUAUACAGAGCGGUUAUUGCUGAGUUCGUAGCCACUCUCCUUUUCUUAUACGUCACCGUUUUGACUGUCAUCGGCUACAAGAUUCAGUCCGACACAGCCGCCGGCGGAGUCGACUGCGGCGGCGUCGGAAUCCUCGGCAUCGCUUGGGCUUUCGGUGGCAUGAUCUUCAUCCUUGUUUACUGCACCGCCGGUAUUUCAGGUGGCCACAUCAACCCUGCGGUGACGUUCGGCUUGUUCUUGGCACGGAAGGUAUCGCUGAUUAGGGCGGUUCUUUACAUGGUGGCUCAGUGUUUGGGUGCGAUUUGUGGAGUUGGAUUUGUGAAGGCCUUUCAAAGCUCUUACUACGUUCGUUACGGUGGAGGAGCCAACUCUCUCGCCGAUGGAUACAACACAGGCACUGGCCUCGCCGCAGAGAUCAUCGGAACAUUCGUUCUCGUCUACACUGUCUUCUCCGCCACUGAUCCCAAACGCAAUGCUCGAGACUCUCACGUUCCCGUGUUGGCGCCACUUCCGAUAGGGUUUGCGGUGUUCAUGGUACACUUGGCCACUAUUCCGAUAACCGGAACCGGAAUUAACCCGGCCAGGAGUUUCGGAGCUGCUGUUAUCUUCAACGAGUCCAAGCCGUGGGACGACCACUGGAUUUUCUGGGUGGGACCAUUCAUCGGAGCUGCUAUUGCUGCAUUUUAUCACCAGUUCGUUCUAAGGGCCUCAGGUUCUAAAUCCCUUGGAUCCUUCAGAAGUGCGGCCAACGUUUGAAUUUAGCCACAAAAUUAACAACAAUGAUAACAACAAUUACAAAAUGGUUGUUAUUUAUUGUUAUGAUGCAUGUACAAAAUUGGCAACUUUUGUUUAAAAGUAAGCUCUGUUUUCUUUCUCUUUUCUAAUUUCUGGUUUCAUUGUGGUGUAAUAUUUUCAUGUGAAUGUUUGUGUACUCGGGGAAAAACAAUCAAUGAAAUCAAAUUGUUUUUUG